CAAACAUAACUAUAUACGCAAGGCUGAAUUCGUAACUUUGAGUACCUAAAUAAAUUGGAACUCAUCUCUUCUACUAGUUCAUCUGCCAAUUUCUCAACUGAAAUUUUCUUCGUGUGCUUAAUCAGAUGGCCUUGUUCCUUGCUUCACCAGUACCAUAUGCCCGGUUACAGGUUCCACUCUCAGGGAAAGUUAGUCGCCGCAAAGUCUCGACUUUGGCAACCACAAUUUCACGACCUGAUGACAAAGAAGAAGUAGGUGUGGAUUGGGUGAAGGCCACUUCGAAUUUCUUCGACCAAGGAGAUUCAAGACCGAUUAUGUUGUUUGAUGGAGUGUGCAACUUAUGUAAUGGGGGUGUCAAAUUUGUUCGGGAUAAUGAUCGUCAAAGGAGAAUGAGGUUUGAACCACUUCAAAGUGAAUCUGGUAAGAAGUUGCUACAGAGGUCCAAAAGAGCACCGGACGAUAUUUCUAGUGUUGUUCUUGUUGAAAAGGAUAGAUCAUAUAUCAAGUCAGAAGCAGUACUCAAGAUCAUGGAAUACCUCAAUUUGCCUUUUCCCCAGCUUGCAUUGUUUCUGCAGUUUGUGCCAUUGUUCAUACGGGAUUUUGUAUACGAUAAUGUUGCAGAUAAUCGGUACAACAUCUUCGGUCGGGCGGAAUCGUGUGAGAUAUAGUUUAUUAGGAUAGUUGAGCAUCAAUGUCAGCUUGAUUUACACACCAACUUAACUUGUAAGAACAUAAAAGAUGUCAAGAUGAAUCCAUAGUUUCGUAUACAAAGAAAAAUAACAUCAAAAAUUAUACUGUAUUGUAUACCCUUUAUAAAGAAACUGCACUUUGUACCUCAGAGAAGGCAAAAUCGUAUUCAAGAGAAUUUGCUCAGUACUGUUACUACUGUACAAUACAACUGUGUAUGAUGCAUAAUAGCCUGUUGACUUUGUUGUCAAAGUGGGGGAUGGUAUAAGGCCUUAGCCUUCAGGCCAACAUGUAAAGGUGUGUGCAGCUCAUAUUAGUUCUGUAGGGGUAACAAAAACUGUAAUUUGUCAAAAUCCUGUGGAUCUGGUUGAGGUGGUUUUUAUAGAGCAUUUGAUCAUUUUCUGUAAAUGUAGGACAUACUUCAUAGAUGAUAUGUGUUCAAUGCAUUCCGUUUGUAAAAUUUUUAACGAUGUAAUCAACUGCCUAAUGGUUUAAUAUGAUUACACUGUAUAUUUGAGCAUCAA